UAUGUCUAAUUUUAAAUAGAAAAAAAACAUGAUCAUUUUUCACAAUUUCAUCUAGCUGAAGACCUUCAAAAAUAUCCAAAACCUAUAAUUGUCCUAUAUGUAGAGUAGAGGAAGCUGUUCUGAAGAAAUUGGGUAAAAGAAAGAGGGUUAGAAUUAAAGCAAGAGAAAAUGAGACAUGAGCUUCAUGUGGCAGCUUCUCCAUGAAAUCUCCAUCAGUUAGCAGAUAUUGUCAGCGGUAUCCCUGGUCCAAUGCCAAAAAAUGCUCCAGCUUCAACCAUAUGGAGACACAUGUCACCUGGCAUCACAGAUAUCUAAAAAUGGCUUGAUAUCUACACACUAUAAAGCUGUGUAGGGAAUGAGUUCAAAUUCAUCAAAGCAAUUGAGUUUUGAGUUUUACUUCCUACUGUCUUUUCAGUUAAUUCCAGAGGAAACUGAAGAUGAACCAAUCCCAGAACUCAGGUUUCCAAGCUGGCCAGGCCAAAGGCCAAGCUCAGGAAAAGAGCAGCCAGAUGAUGGACAAGGCUAGGAAUGCUGCCCAAUCUGCCAAGGAAUCAAGCCAAGAGGCUGGCCAGCAAAUGCAGGAGAAAGCUCAGGGUGCUGCUGAUGCUACCAAGAAUGCCAUGGGACUCAACAAAUGAAACCAGUGGAUAAGAAACACCCCAUCUGCUCCUCUUUGAUCAGUGGACAUUUAUUUUGUUUUUGCCAUUGUUUUGCUCAUCAAGAGCUGGCUGUUUUUGUGUCUUUUUUUUUCUUUAUUUUCUGUCACCAAUGUGUACUUCGAACAUAAAGAGAGAGCUUUAAUUAUUUUCUUCUAGUCUUCAAGCA